AUGAACCACAGAGUAGUGGAUGAUCAAAACAUGGUCUUUAUCUCUCAACUGUACCCUGAUGUCUACACUCAGAUAGUACCACAACAAGGAGAAGUGAAGCCACCUAAGCGGAGGAGGAAGAAGAGCAAAGGAACGGUGGUUGCCGGAGAUGGAGGCAACAGUUUGUUUAGGAAGAGAAAGCUAACCGAUGAACAAGUGAACAUGUUGGAGAUAAGUUUCGUUGAUGAGCACAAACUUGAGUCCGAGAGAAAAGAUCGACUUGCGGCUGAGCUAGGGCUUGAUCCUCGUCAAGUUGCUGUCUGGUUUCAGAACCGUCGUGCACGGUGGAAGAACAAAAGGCUUGAAGAAGAGUACAAUAAACUCAAGAACUCACAUGAUAACGUCGUUGUCGACAAGUGCCGACUUGAGUCUGAGGUUCUUCAGCUCAAGGAACAACUCUAUGAUGCCGAGAGGGAAAUCCAAAGAUUAGCAGAAAAAGUAGAAGGAGGCUCAAGUAACAGUCCGAAUUCGUCCUCGGUUUCGGUCGAAGCCAACGAAACACCGUUUUUCGGAGACUAUAAAGUGGGAGACGACGGUGACGACUAUGAUAACAUGUUUUAUCCGGUGCCGGGAAACAGUUACAUUGAUGGAGUUGAAUGGAUGAGUCUAUACAUGUGA